AUGGAUACGAAGAAGCAACGUAUCGUCAUUGCCGGCGGAGGCUUAGGAGGUCUCGCUGCAGCAUGUCGAUUAGCACGUGACGGCCACAAAGUCGAUCUAUUCGAAAGAUCGCAAUCGUUAUCCACCGCGAGCGGAGCCAUUUUUGUCAGAUCAAAUGGCGUGAGAUGUUUUUACCGAUGGCAGAUGCGCGAAGCCUUUGAAGCUGUGACUGCCCCGAUCAAAGAGCACGAGACGCGUAAUGGCAACACGAAUGAGUUGUUGCAUACUCUCAAUCCUGGGAUUUACUCAGAGUUUCCGGAGUGGUCCACUGACCGCCAAGCAUUGCAGACCGUUCUAUAUGAUGAGGCAUGCGAAGCCGGAGCCAAGGUGCACUUUGGCAAUGAGAUUGUCACAGUUGAAGAGUAUGACCAAGCUGCGUAUGCAACGUGCAAGGCUGGCAACAGAAUCACAGCAGAUUUGAUCUUGGCAGCCGAUGGGAUAUCCUCUCGUCUGCGAUCUCAGAUUCUUACUAAUGUCGACCCAUCCCGCCUCACUGUGAUCCGGGCGCCUUCGACACAUUAUCCAACUGAGAUUCCAGCCGGUAUGCUCGCUAACGACGAGAGAACCAAAUCCCUUUGUCAAGAGCCCGAGUCAGAGAAUGGAAUCAUGUGGGCUGGCCACGGCGGUUAUGCCAUUGGCAAGUACAAUCACCAUCGAAGCCUGUUCAACAUUAUGUUCUCGAUUCAACACGGUGCUGCAGACAGCGAAGCCAGCGAACAGAAGCUUUUCGAUGCAACUGACGACAGUGAAGUAGUCAAGAGCUUCGUCUCGUCGUUCAAUCCCACCGUCGUUGCUCUGGCAAACAUGGUGCAGAGCUGCUCCCGUUGGCGCCUAGCUAGACUGGAACCUUUGGAUACGUGGUCGAGUCCGAAGCGGAGGCUGGUUCUUCUUGGAGAUUCUGCGCAUGCGAUGCUUCCGAACUUGGCAGAAGGAUUCAGCUCUAUUGUGGAGGAUAUAGAUGCGUUGUCUAUACUGUUCUCAAAGAGCAGUGGGAACGUGCCGAAGAUAAUCGAGACGUGGGAGAUGAUUCGCAUUCCUCGAGUGACUAGGCUUCAGAAUGGCUCAACGUGGAAUUACAAGUUGUACAACUCUGGCAAACCGCCGGGGUCUGAGUUGACAGACGAGCAGAAAACGUUGCCGAUGGGGGAAGGCGACGGCAAUGCACCAUUCAACACUCUGCCUUUUGAUAAAUGGAUGUUUAACUAUAACACGGCUAAAGAGGUAAAUCACAUCGACCCACCAUAUGUCACAACAUAUUUUAAUAGUAACUAG